UACUACUGGAACGCCAUUUUUCCGGCGUCUCGCGUAUCAUCAAGAAAACAAGCACGUUUUAAACGAAUCGUCGUAUUUUUUGUAAAUACAAAGUUCAAAAUGUCGUACAAAGGACCUCAAAAGGUACAAAAGGUGAUGGUACAACCCAUCAAUCUUAUAUUUCGGUACUUACAAAAUCGAUCCCGUGUCCAAGUUUGGCUUUUUGAAAAUAUUCAUCUGAGAAUCGAGGGUCACAUUGUUGGCUUUGACGAAUACAUGAAUUUGGUACUGGACGAUGCCGAGGAAUACCAUUUGAAAACGAAGAACAGGAAACCACUGGGACGUAUCAUGCUAAAAGGAGACAACAUAACAUUAAUACAAAAUACUAAUCCUGCUGCGAAUUGAAUUUGGAAAAACAACCUCAAAAUGGGCAUUGAUUUUCCAAUGUUCUUUUCUAAUGGAGCGUACAUUUUGACAUACUACAAGUUUAAAGUCCUGCAUUAAAACUAUGUACUAUGGAUAUCUUCAACAUUACGAAUACUUUUUAUCCUAUAAUCUGUAUUAUAAAAUAAUGUAUCAGAAUACUAUGUUUAGUAAAAGCUUCCAAGUACUUUUUUCCAUUGAACCAAUUUUUGUUUUUUAGAAAAACAAAACUAUUGUAAUUAUCAUUAAUAUCAGAAUAUUAAAAAUAUCUUUUGACCUCGA